AUGGCGUCGUCUCAAGAUGCCUGGUAUCUCUCGUUGCUUGGUUUGGCUGAAAACUUUCGUACUUCGAGUCCUCCCGAUAUUAAGUUGUGCAUUCAAUGUCUGCAAGCGGUUUUCCACUUCAAGCCACCUCAUAGAGUCGAAGCCAGAACCCACCUCCAGCUUGGGAACAUCCUACUACAGCACACGAAAAACAUUGACCUGGCCAUUACUCACCUAGAACGAGCGUGGAUUUUGUCGCAGACCAUAAAUCAAUUCGACGAUGUCAAAUUUGAAGCUGCAAGUGUAUUGGCCGGGCUUCAUGACCAACAACAUCAAUCUAAUCUUUCUAAGCCUAUUUUAAGAAAAGCAAUAGAACUAUCUCAGCACAGUAUUUAUUGGCACUGUCGACUGAUAUUUCAGUUAGCACAAAUUCAUGCAAGUGAGUGUGACUACGAACUUGCAAGUAGUCUUCUUGGAGUUGGUGUCGAUUAUGCACAUAUUUCAUCUGCUGCAUACACUCGCGUAUUAUUUCUUCUUAGCAAAGGAAUGCUAUUGCUAAUAGACAAGAAGUUUAAUGAAGUUCUACCCUUGCUCAAUCAAGCAGGCCACCUAGUAGACAACUGGCAGGGUAACCAGUAUCAGAAAGAGUACUUAAGAGUAUUUUUCCUUGUUUUACAAGUUUGUCACUAUCUCAUGGCUGGUCAGGUGAAGAGCGUGAAGCCUUGUCUAAAGCAGCUGCAACAGAGUAUCCAGACAAUCAUGAUGCCGACUUGGCCUACAGACGAAGUGGUGUCAAAUGGAAACUCAGGGGAGAUGUUCAUUUGGAUGCCCAAACAACACCUUUAUGUCUUAGUAUACUUGGUCACAGUAAUGCACUCUAUGCAAGCAGGUUACAUGAACAAAGCUCAAGAAUACACAGAUAAAGCAUUAGCACAAAUAGAAAAAUUGAAAGUUCUCGACAACAAGCCUAUUCUUUCAGUAUUUCAAUUAAUGCUGUUGGAGCACAUAGUCAUGUGCCGAUUAGUUAUGGGAAACAAGACCCUGGCUCUGCAAGAAAUAGCGCAGGCUUGCAAUUUGUGUCAGCAGCAUCCUCACCUCCUUAAAUCACACCGACCUCAACUACAUACCAUGCUGGGUCUUUAUGCUAUGAGUAUGAACUGCAUGGAUGCAGCAGAGGUCCAGUUUCAAUCUGCUCUUCAAUCAUCUAAAGAAAGGGACUUGAGGACUUUUGCAAAUUUAAAUCUUGCAAUAGUAUAUCUUCGAGCUAAGCGGGAGCAAGAAUUUGCUGGACUCCUCGAAAGUAUUAACCCUGAAAAUCUUCCAACUCAUUCUCACAGUCUAAGAGCAGCUGCCUAUUAUGUUCAAGGACUGCAGUCAUUCUUUCAAGCUCGCUACAAUGAAGCCAAGAGAUACUUAAGGGAAACUUUAAAAAUGGCUAAUGCUGAAGAUCUGAAUCGUUUGACUUCUUGUUCCCUUGUUCUUUUGGGCCAUAUAUUUUUAUCAUUGAACAACUCUAGAGAAAGUAUGAACAUGGUAACUCCAGCCAUGCAGUUAGCAAGUAAAAUACCCGAUGUUCAUGUUCAGCUAUGGGCAUCAGCAAUUCUUAAAGAUCUGUAUAGAAUAUCUGGUGAGGUGAGUAGUGAAAAUGGUGCCUACACCAUGCACUGCAACUUCUCUUCAACCCUCCUGAAGGACCACUUUGCAUCAUCAAGAAUGAGUGAACAUAAUUUAAUUCAAUGGACCGAUGGUCCUUUCCCAGAGGUAUUUAAUUCUACACCAUCAACUUCAACAUCAACAGGACUCAUGUAGUGCGGAAACAAGUCAAACCAUGGAGCACUGUGCUGGUCACAGCUUUAAUACAUAGAUCUAAGUGACUUUAUGCCAUGUCGUGACAAUUGGUUCAUAACUGUGCUCAUUGAUCAACUGUUAAAAAUGAAAUGUUAUUUCAUGAUGAAGGGGGUGUUUUUUUUAAAAGGGUAUAAAUAUGGUACAACAAUUAAUUUAUAAACAUUCUCACUUCUUCACACUUCUGUCAUGAUUACAGAUUCUUUUUACUGCUUUGCCAUGUUGCUCUUCCCCUUCCCCAACUUUUUCUCUCCAUUUUUGGUGUUUUCUUUUCUGCAAUUUUUAAAGAACUUUUUGGUGAUAAACGUGAAGGCCUUUUGCCUCUUUUGAGUUGUAUUUUUUCUUCUUUUUUAAUGUUUGGGACAAUUUCUUCUUUUGGCUUGUCCCUUUUUGUAGCUUGUCCUGUACUUUGCUAGACUUUUAAUGACUUUAUAAACUUCACAUGGAGCAGCAUUGAUUUUCAUUCUUUUUAUGUUGUGACUUGUUUUGCAAGCUUUUGUUCAUACAUAGCACAGUUCUCAUUAUAAACGGUAGCUUGUACUUAAUUAGCUGUGUUUUUAUAUAUUUUAGAGUUUGUGACAAAGAAAUUUCCAUGUGUUAAUUUGAUAGGAGUCAGGGCCUCCAGUUAAAAAUAUAUACCUAUGUUAAAUUCAGAAGAACUACUGUAUCACUACAUCUCUCAUUUGUCAUUUACUGUAUCUACCGUAGCCUAGCUUUGUUUUUUCCCGAGAAACAAAUCGAACUCAUGCUUAAAAUCAUCAUCAUCAUCAUCCUUAACACUAGGUUUGGCUCAAACUUCGGAAUCUAAGGAUCCUGUGAAGUUAAGCCCUUGAAUUGAAAUCUACAUGACUAUUCUUUUGUACGUCAUACUGAAGGGUACCUGAUAUGUAACUGCAUAGGAAUGAAUGUAUUUAUUAUUAAUAUUCUAUACCCCGUUUUUGGAGACAAAAAUUUGCUUAUAAUUUUUUUGUCCUUUGUUUUUUGAAUUGCAGCCGUUUUAAUAGAACACUUUAUUUCAAGUGCCCACUUUUAAGUCAGUUUUGUCCUGGGGAGUUGAAAGGUAUGAUGUUGAAUAUUUAAAGACUGAAUUGUACUUUCAAUGAAUGUAGUUGUGACUUUCAAAAUUUCUCACUUAACUAGAUUAAUUUCUAAUUUAAUGUUGCAUUUUCAACUCUGAUGAUGGAUUGGAAACCUCCUUUUGUCAUGUUCAGGAAAGAAGAGGCUGUGAAGUGUGUAGAAGGCAAGCAUUUGCAUUGAUUUAAUUUACAAUUGUGCCAUAAGAAUACUCCAAAGUUAAGGAAAUAAAUGCUCAUUCUCGAAAUGGUACUGUUGUAGUAAGUGCUUAGUGCAUUAAGUCUUUGCUUCAUAGUACACAAAAGUUCAAUGUUUGCUGCUUGUCUCGCCUCUUAUAAUUUAACUGUUACUGGGGACCAAUGUGUUGCUUUAUUCGGUCAGGAUUGAUUUUUUUGAUUGCUCAGAUGGUUAUUAAAUCUUCAUGUAAAAUUUUCACCCCAGAACAAAAAUUAACUUAGUGUAGUUUAAAUCUACAUUGUUACUGUUGACAUAUCCUAAAGUGUUGCACAGGGAACGAGAUUUCCAAACAGUAGCCCUGAUCUGAAGCGUUCAACUUUUCCUUAGGAACAAGUAAAAAUUUUACAAACGAAGUUGGUUACCAUUGUUAUGUAAUAGUACUGCAGUUAUAUUUGUUGAUUGAAUAGUACUGGCAUUUAUCAGUGUUACACUGUGCAUAACUGUGAUGUAACAGACGUAAGGCAUUAUGUAAUUUAGGUAACAAGGUUGAGAGUGUACUUUAGAUACAAAUUAGCAAUAAUUCUGUGUAUGAUUUGCUACUUCGGCAUGUUUGUUUUAGCUUUAGUAUUCUGACUGUACAUACAGAUUUAUUGUAAAUAAAAAAAGAUCAUAUAUUGUAUACUAAAGACAAAUGCCA